CCUCAUACAUUCAUACUCCUCCUCUUUCACAAACAUACCUCUUUUAUCUCUAUUUCUCUUUCUGGUUCUCUGAAUACCCCUUUUAAACUUUGUUCUCCAUGGUUCUCUUCAAUAUUGAUAUGAGUUCCAUUGUUCAGGUAGAAAGCAACUGUCCCCCACCUAUGUUUUCACAUCUCCAUCCACCUCUACACCACCACUGCUGCCACCACCACCGCCAUGGCUUCCCACCACCGCCACCAUCAUGACCUCUCUCUCCCUCCAUGUCAACACAGUCGGAAAACACCUUUGUCAAUAAUGCCACAAAACCCUUAGAAUUACCGCCACUUCGCGGGGGAAAGCCAAUUUCUUUGCAAAAUUUUUCACCACAGAUCCGACGGAUUAGAGUAUGUAUAAGGAGGUAUAACUGAGUUUGGGUCUCCGGCCUCGUCUCCAACGGAGAUGGUUUUCCGGCAAUUAAAAAAAGAAGCCCUAAAUGUUUUUUUUUCUUUUUUUUUUGAAAAAAAUGGGUGAAAAAAGGCUUAAACCCACGCCCUUUUUUUUACUAAAAUAUACAAGGGCACCAAACCAUUUGAGCUGCACCCUGAGAUGCUUAUAUAUUCAGGUUUGUACUUAUAUUAACUACAUAUCUUAAUCUCAAAACCGUUUCAGAAAAUCAAGAUUUUCUCAUACAAAAAACCCACUCCCGCCACAUUAUCAUAAAUUUCUCAUAAAAAUACCCGCUCCCGCCCCAUUUAGCACAAUCCCUCGUUGGUUUUAAACUUAGCAUUCUUCUCCAAACCGUCCACGUUUACCUUAUUAAAAUAGUGAAAGAGCUAUGUCGAAAAGAGGCAAACGUGGUGUUGCUGCUUUUCGAAAGAAUUAUAAAGAGGAGGAUUAUAAGGUAGAUUUUGACAAAAAUAAUCGCCUGGUGGGUGCAAUGAGUUCUCCAUUUAUGUCAUGGUUUGGGCUGAAAGUUAGACAAACGUUUCCAUAUCAUAUUGAUACGAAGGAUUUUGAAAGAAACCGGUGGGAAGAAUUAUGGUUCGAUACCAAGAUGUUAUGGAAUAUUCAAACUGAUGGGCCAAAAAAGUUUAUGCUUAGAAAAGCAAAGAAGCUUUGUACAAAAUUCAGAAGCAGGCUUGUUAACAACUAUGUUAAUAAAGGAAAAAGACCUUUUGAGAAAUAUGCAUAUCUCGAUCCUGCACAAUGGGAUGAAUUCGUUCAUAAAAAGACAAGCAAAGAAUUUUUGGAUAUAAACAAGAAGGCCAGAGCAAGUGCAAACGCGAACACAAACUUCUCCCGACUAGGACGAACUGGGUUCGCGGGAUUGGAUGCUAAAACCGAUACCAUAUGGCCUUUACUUGAAGCAAAGUAUCCAUAUCUUAAAACCAUACAAGAUAAACGUGCAAAAGCGUGGAUAAUGAGUAAAAAAAUAAAAAAUCCAGAGACUAAUUCAUAUGAACUUGAACCAGAUUCGCAUGAAACAAUCGAAUGUUUGGUCCGUACUGAGAGAAAGAUGAUAGAAGAUGGUAGUUAUUUUGCUGGAAAGGAUGACCCAAUUGUUAGAGUUAUGGGACGUGAACACGGCGGAAGAACACGGGCAGUCUCUGAGCUUAUAGGUUCAACACAAGUUCAAGGAGGAUUGUUCAACCAUAGUAAAAGGCGAGCAAGAAGUGGCAAUAGUUUAGAUGCAAACCAGGAGAGAGGCUCAGUAUCAUUGGUGGAGAAGAAUUCUGGCGGACCGAUCAUAUCUUAUCCACCUAUUGAGAAAUUAACACCCUGUGAGAUGCUUUUUCCAUUCCAACUUAGCGAUGAAUUGACGGUGGCUAUAGGGCAGAUAUGGCCAACUUCUGAUAGGAUUCUAUAUGGCAAACUAAUAAGCGAGGGUUUUGUAAAAGUUCAAGUAGAUAAUGUCAUUGAAGGUUGCGAGAAAAUGCCUGUUCUUGAAGUAACAAAAACUGUGGAAAUUAAACGUGUUGGAGACAUGCUUCACUGUUUUGUUCAAUGGCCAAGGGACGCACUAAAGAUUGUGAACAAGGAAACAUCCCGCAUCAGGUCUGUGAGUUACCUGAGAACUAACCCGAGUCUCGGUUCAUCAAGCCACACUGGCGCCUCACCUCAAACACAAGCCGGUGACAUCGAGGCGAUUUCAUGUUAUCAUCCAGAGAUUGAGGAAGACGAUUUGUAUGAACCACAAAUGCCUAUUCAACAAAACACUGACCAGAGUUUUAUGAAUAUGUUAAUGCAAGUACAAGAACUACCCCAAAAUGUAUAUCAACAACAGAUGCAAGCUACUCAUGCUCCCAAUCCUGGUCCAACACAAGAGAUGCAAAGUACUCAUGCUCCUAAUCCCGAUCCAACAUUUAUCGAUCCUGAAGUAAUUACUUCUUUGGAAAGAACGAAGGCUAGGCCUCGUGCAAUUUAGGAUUUGGUAGAGCUAUUAUCAAGGUGUGUUGGGGAUAACCAUAGGAUUGAGAUUUCUUCACCGGCGAGGAUGUAUCCCCAUAUGGUUCGAGAUAUUAUUCCAUAUGUGGAGUUGUUGCAACUAUUUACUAAUGACUGGCUUGACAUCACCGUCAUACAUUGGUUUGCCAUGUAUUUUUAUGAGUCGCACAAUUCUCGGUGCGCGUUCUUUAAUCCGCACCACAUCAAAGGUGAAUCAUGCACUAAAAAUUCUGAAGGUGUUCAAUCACACAUCAUAGACAUGUUUACGUUCCAUGUUGACAAAACAUUUUUUGUUGCACCAUAUUUAGCAAAGUAAGUUAUGUUUUUCCACCAUAAUUACAUAUAUAUACAUACAUACUUAAUUAUUGUCAAAUUUUUUUGUAGUAACCAUUGGACACUAAUUAUCAUUUGUCCCUCGACUGAGAGAGGCUAUAUUAUAGAUUCUAUAAAUAGAGAAAAGGACCAGCAUAGUUACCUUCUUACGUCUAUCAUUGAUGAAGCUUUUGGGUUUCCAUUUCUUUGGGAAAUGGUGAAAUGUAAGCAACAAAAGAAUGGCUGGGAAUGCGGUUUCAUGAUAAUCAAGCACAUGCAUGAAUUUGUCAAUUCUAUUCAACAUGAUUUUCCUAUUAAACUUUGGAACAAAAAAGGCUUUCUUCCGCAAAAAGAAAUCGACAAACUGAUCUUAGACUUAACACCACAAUUCUUCAGCAGGGUGUUUCCAACAGGUCAGAUGCGUGUGUGAAAAUAUGUAAAAUGUAUUUCCACCAGUCAAGUAUAAUAAACAAACCUAAUAUAAUUAGAAACUGAAUCCUAUUUUGUUUUUGGGAUAUCUUCCGAGUCUAUAUGUUGUCCUCUUUUGUUUUUGGGAUAUCUUUUGAGUCUAUAUGUUGAGUUGGGAAACAUUGAAAAUGCUUAAAUUGUUCUAAUGCACUGGGUUUCAUUCAGCUUAGUUAUAAUCUAUUAGUUUUGUUGUGUCUUGAACAACUUGUUUCUUACUUUUUGUUUUUGUUUUAAACUAUAAUGUCCAUGGAUAACUAAACAACUCCUAACAUGUUUGGAGGCGACAAUAUUGGGGAAAUGAAAACCAAGAAGAGAGCAAUGCACAACAAAAAGUCAAAGUUGGAGUUCCACUGUUGGAGUUGAGAAGUUUUUUCAUUUCGCGUUUGAACUUUUGGUUGCAAUUUCGUUUCUAUAGGAGUAUAAGUUUUUUUUCAUUUUGUGUCUAAACUUUUUGGUGGUAACUUUGUUUCUGUAGGACGUCUUUUCAUUUUGUGU